UCAUAUCUGUAUGCUUUGUCUCAGACUCCGGGAUUCUACGCAGGAUAAUAUAUGUCAUCUACACAGACUGCAUUAGACAAUGCAGUGGACCAAUGUACAUUGACCGGAUGGUGCUGCUUGUAAUGGGUAACAUUGUCAACUGGUCUCUGGCUGCUUACGGUCUCAUAGAGAGACCCAACGACUUUGCCUCCUACCUGCUGGCCAUUGCCAUCUGCAACUUGCUGCUUUACUUUGCCUUCUAUAUCAUUAUGAAGCUGCGGAGUGGUGAACGGAUCCAGUGUCUGGCACUGGUGUGUAUCAUCUUCACAGCUGUGGUGUGGGGAUUUGCACUUUAUUUUUUCUUCCAGGGUCUCAGCACCUGGCAGAAAACUCCAGCUGAGUCUCGUGAGCACAACAGGGACUGUAUUCUGCUGUCAUUCUUUGACGACCAUGACAUUUGGCAUUCCUCUCCUCCAUUGCCAUGUUUGGAUCCUUCCUGGUCCUCCUGACCAUGGACGAUGACCUUGACACUGUCCAGAGAGACAAAAUCUAUGUCUUCUAGAGGUGCCAGAUCUUCUGUCAUCAAAGCAGCUCGUCUCCUCUGCCUUAUUUUUUUUUUCCGUCCUGAAUAAGCACAGCCAGCAGCCUGUUUACCAGGCUGGAUAGUGAGUGAGUUUCAUCCACUUGCAGGCAGUAAAGAAAGGGCAGCAGUUGGAUGUCCCUCCCUCUACCAGUAUGGACACUAAUGUGCCAAGCAGAAGUUGGGUCAAGCUCUGUUGAUGCUGAAACUUGUCUUCUCGCUGCUGUUGAUAUAACUGUUGUAAUUGAUGUUUACUUAUCAUUGAUGAUGUUAUAC